UUGUUUCUUCGAGCUUCCAGUUUAGCAUCGGCUCAGGUCUUGCAGUUGUAGAGCUUCAAAAAGAAAGUGUUGUCUGCGGAGUAGAGUGGGGAUUAGUGAGAGCAUUGAUACAGACAGACAAGUCGUAUUGUGCAGUCAGUGACUGGUUACAUGCACUGGCCACUGGGGGAGUUGAGCAAGGCAAAGUAGCUGUCAGGGAACCAACAGAAUAAGUUUCUACCAGCUGCAGGAGAAUGGAGCCCUAUCGGCCAGCGCUGUUGCUCCUAUGGCUUGUUGUAGUGAAUUGUGAAUCCAGCCCUGGUAAACAUGUAGCAGUAGUAGUGUUUAGUGGGCUGAGCGAAGAUAACCUGGCGUCCCCAACGCUGGAGAAAAUCGCCGAGAAAGGCGCUAUGGCCUCCGUGCGCAGUGUAUUUCCAACUGAAAGUUUCCCGAAUCAGUACUCCAUGCUGACUGGCCUAUCACCCGUCACUCAUGGCGUUAUCUGGGAUAGGAUGUUGGACGAAAGCAGCAAUAACAUCGUGAAUGCGGCCAACGUAGUGUCUGACUUGCUCCUUCAGGGAGAACUGAUUUGGACAACAGCCCACAAAGAGAAUAUUCGGACUGGUGUCUUCACUUCAGGAAAGGUUGAAUCGGGUGGAUUGCUGUCAGCGCCAUGUGAGAAGUGUAACCCUGAACACAUUAUAGAUGAACUAGUGUUGUGGAUAUCUUCACAAACUAGCGACAAUGCUGAAGCAUCCACAUUGUCUUUUGUUGUAUUUCCUGCCUGCGAGGAGGCUCAGUUUGGCACCAUUGCCAAGCACUUGAUGAAUAAACUGGAGCAGGAGCAUCUAAAUAGUUUGGUGGACGUCAUAUUCACUGGUGAUCAUGGUCUUGUGAAGGAACAUGGCCGGACUGCUGUGUGUUUGCAGCACAUUCUGCAAGGCAAAUCCUUUGAGAUCAUUGACGAGACCGGUGGCAGUGUGAGCUUGCGUCCCACUGGCAAUGAUACAGAGUUUAUGCUGCUACAAGAAUUGGAGAAGGUGAAGGGUAUCGAUGUGCACCCAUUCACAGAGUUCACGCGCCAGUUUGGGCUUGUUGGCAGCUCUCGCAUUGCACCUAUCACCAUCGUGGCAUCCGAUGACGACCACGUCAUCGUGAGUGGGAAAUGCCAGGAAGGCAGUCCCGAUGUGAAGUCUCCACGGAGUCGCAGUGGAUACACAAGCUUAAUGGCGAGAAGGACCACUCUCCUCGGUGUUGGCCCGCGGUUUGCAGCCGGGGUUCGUGCUCCCAUGCUCAACAUCACAGAUAUCCACCAGGUUAUCUGCACUUUGCUGAACCUGAACACCGGUAACUGUAGACAUAACACCUCCAAGCCCAGUAUCGAUGCGCUGUUGGCUUCAACGCGUAGUGAUCUUGGAGGACAUUCAAAGUCCGACAUUAGCGAUGGUAUCUCAGUUGAGGAGAACAAGCCCGUGGUCGAGUCUGGCCAUCGUCGGAUCACCGGUGUGGGUGUGUUCUUUGUGAUAUUGACCGGGUUUGGAUUCGUGGGUGGUCUUUUCUGGCUGAAGAACUUCUUAUCGGAUCGACGGCGACAUGGCCCAGGAUACAAGCCAGUUAACACAGAUGAAACUAUGCUGUCCGGCCGCACACAGCCGCUGCUGGGAUCUGGCGAUGACUAUGGUGUCGAUGUGCCAAUGUCUGUAAUCAGCAAGGACCAAACUGCAUUCCAGCUGGAUGAUGAUGAUGACGAUGAUGAUGAUGAUGAUCGUCCACCUGCAGAGUUUUCGACGUACUCGUAUUAGCCCCUGCGGAAAGCACUUUGGACGAUUAAAAGAAUUAUUUGGGUGCAUCCGUGUGAGCAUGCGUAUGCGUGUUAUCAGCCUAGUCUACGAAACAGUAGAAGACAGUGACUUCAUCAGGAAUUGCAUUGAGUUGCUUUACCGUCUUUGUCCACUACUUGAUGUAUAUUUUAUUUUUCGUUAAAUAGUGUGUGGAAUGCUUUGCUUCGUAUCCAUUGGCUGUUGGUUGUCUCAGUGUUUUAUUGCUUGGGAUGGAAUAGUCGUUUUGUACAUAAAUCUCUUCUUGAUCCAAGGUUGCUUUUUAUAACUGGCAUAAUUUGCUUUAUUCUUUUUUUCAGUCUGCAUUCCCCCGCUGCUGAAUUAGGCCUCUUGGCGCUCCAUGCACAAGACUACUGUUCAUUGUGUUUUAUGACCCUGACUGGCCUCAAAUGGUCCUUUCUCUCUUUAUCUGCUAUGCCUUCAAUUUUUAAACAAGCCUUGGUGUAUUAACUUCUACCAUGAACUUAUCUAUACUUCAAGAGUACAUUGUAGAUGCAUAUCCGUAUAUGUUAGAUGCUUUAGUUUGAACGAUGCUGGAACAUGGACGAGCACUUCAUGUUUGCAUCUUUGAAUAGACAUUGUGUAUUUUCUAUGUUCAUGUGGACUACAGGAUUGGUCAUUUUCGUUCUUUCCUUUAGUGUAUAAUGAGUGGUGUGAUGCACAAUACGACCCGGGCCAUUGCUAUUGCCUACGCAUUAUUCAACGAUGAUUGGUGUUGCUUGGUUGAGCUGCAUACAUGCCAUACUAUUAACGUUAUUAUCUGCAUGAAUCAAUAAUGUUCGGUGUCGUUUGCACAUAUGCCA